AUGGACUGUCGCAUAGGCAGCAUUCUUUUUUCAUCAAAUUUCGACUCGGGGAAUCUAGCUCGUGUCGAGAAAGUAAUACGUGACUCAGAUGAACCGCCAUCAUUAUCACUUCAAUCGAACUCAAAACAACAACAGCCAGUACAGAAAGCCACUAAUAAAGUUAACAAUACUAUUUUUGGAAAUUUAGCAAUAGCGGAAGUUCGAGCUGAUUACGAGUUCAGGAUGUGGAUAAGACCAGACUGCGCUGGCACUGCAUAUGCGAACGGGAAUCGGACAUGGUUUUAUUUUUCUAUGCGUGGAUAUAGUCCUGGAAAGAUUAUGCGGGCUACUAUAAUGAACAUGAAUAAACAAUCUAAAAUUUACAGUCAGGGAUUUUCCCCUAUUUAUCGCGUCUGUGGUCCAACAGUAGCUCAGUCUAGGUGGCAACGUAUACGUGAUAAGCCUAUUUGGGAACUAGUUAAUGGACAGUUUCUUUUAACAUUUAUACAUCGAUUCCAGGAUCCACGUGGAAGUAUUACGUAUUUUGCAUUUUGUUAUCCAUGGACAUAUAAUGAAAUGCAAACACAAUUAAAUAAAUUAGAUAGCAUAUUUCAUUACAAUAAAAAUAAAAACAUCAAUGUAAAUAAUGAAAGUUUAUGCAAUAAAUAUAAUACGAUGAAGUUGAAUCCAAUAAACAAUAAUGAUAAAUUUGAAGAUCCUUUCAUAAAUUCAUCAGAUUUAUUGAGAUCGUUUAAUAUGAAUAAAACAAAAAUGAUCAAUGGUACAGUUAACACUAUUCCAACUUCAUCUGCUCUAUCUUCCUCCCUUUCCUGCUCCUCCUCAUCAUCACUUUCUUCCUCAUCAUGUGAUCCAAAAUGUUUCCCAGAAAAUGAUUUAUUUGAUAAGAUUUAUUUCCACAGAGAAUUACUUUGUUAUAGUUUAGAAGGAAGAAGAAUUGAAUUACUGACAAUCACUGAUUGGUCUCGAUGUACUUUUGUUGAAGAAGAUCGCUUUGAUCCAUUACUAUUUCCUGAUUUAGACAAAUCGAGACCAUGGAAAUUUACAAAUAAAAAGGUUGUUUUAGUUAGUGCUCGUGUGCAUCCCGGUGAAACACCAUCAAGUCAUGUAUUUAAUGGAUUAUUAGAAUUUUUACUACGUAUAAAUGAUCAUCGUGCAUGUGAAUUACGCAAACAUUAUGUAUUCAAAUUAAUACCAAUGUUAAAUCCAGAUGGUGUAUUUCGUGGUCACUAUAGAACAGAUACUCGUGGUGUCAAUUUAAAUCGUGUAUAUUUAAAACCUGAUUAUUUAUACUAUCCAUCAAUUUAUGCAACUAAAGCUUUGAUUACUUAUUAUCAUACAAACUAUGGAACAUUAAAAUCAUAUGCAUCAUUUUUAGAUGAUAUUUUUAAACAAAAAUUAUUUACUACUACCAACUAUUUUGAAACAAACGGUGAAAAUAUUACUAUUGAAUAUACAGAUAAUGAACCUCGUAAAUUAUCACCAAACCAAACGAUUUGUUCAUGCGAAGAUACAAAGGAGACAAAAGAAAAAGUAUUAUCUGAUUGUGAAACACAAGAACAAUCAACUUCAAAAAAUUAUUCUAUAAAAGAACAUUAUACAAAUAUUAAACAAGAUGAAGAAAAAAAAGAAUCACAUUUUAACUCUACAAAUGAUCAACUGUCGACUACGUAUGAACAACAAAUGGACAACCAAAAUAUCUUCUUGACAAAAUCAUUUGAUACUGGAUUAUCAUCAUCAACAACAUCAAACUCGCUGUCGAAAACAAAUAGCCUUGCGGAGAAACAUCUAUCUUCUAAGCAUUUAUCACCUAUUGAACAUAUGUUUAAUAGUUCCGGUUCGACAAAAAAUGAUGAAGAUACAUCGAUAGUUCAUAGGAUCAACUUUCCUAUUGCUGACACUGAUAAGAAUUCAGUCACUAAUGAAUGUGAUGCAGAGUUAAGAAGUACUUCAAAUUAUUUUCAUGCUACCACUGAAACGAACAAUUUACCACUGAAAACUUUAUCACGAUUAAACAAUUCAACGUCAAUUUCCACACCAUUUCACAAAACUGAAUUAAAUAAAAAAGUUUAUAAAAAUGUAAGGCAUUUAAAACCAACUAGAUUUCCAAUAACAUGUAAUACAGAGCUUGGUUCUCAAAAGCCUCUUGAAGAUUGUCAUGCGGCAUCCAGAACACAAACUGCAAUAUCAACAACAAGUAAUUUAUUACCAUUAGUAACAAAACUUACUACAUCAACACUCAAUCCCAAUGUUGCAAAACCUUCGAGUUUAGAUGAUGGAAUAUCUAAGAAAUUUAGUAACCAACAUAGAUAUAGAACAGUUGAACAAAAAACACCAAGUCAACCAAGUUACAUUUCAUAUUUUGACAAAAAUAAACGCCGUUCAACAUUAAAAGUUGAUUGUCUUCCUUAUUUUUUAACGAAAUGGAAUGUCCCAUAUCAAAAAGCUAUAACAACUAAACAUUCUCCAAAAUUAACUUCUGAAAAUUUAAAAAUUGUUAAUACACAAAUUAAUUUUAAUAAUGAAGAAGCAAUCUAUUUUAAUGAUGAAAGAAAUGCUAAACAAAAAGAUUUUAAAUCAAUUGACAAUGUGUAUUCAUCUAAAAAAUUCAAAUCUUAUUUAAAAUAUGGAAAAGUUAAAAAGCGAAAAAUAAAUUUUUUCAAUCAAAAAUUUUCAAUAUUGAAUACAACACAGAUUCCUUACAAUGAUGAUACAAUGACUACACUUAUCCCAUUACAAAAUACUACAGAACAUGAUUACAGUUGUAGUAGUAUUAACCAAAGUACAGUGAUUGAAAAAGACAAUAUAAUAAUGAAGUCGACAAAUCAUAUAGUAAAUAAUAAUAGCCAUACUAUGGAGGAUAUUUCCAAUGAAGAAGUUAACCAAAUAAUGAAUGAAGAAUUUUACAGUUUCGAUACAUCUCAUUCUGUUGUAGGCAAUGAAGGAUCAGAUUUAGAUGCAGAUCAUUACAAUGAUUUAGAAAGAAACUUUAUUGACGAAGAUUUAUCUAUCAAUCCAUAUUAUGUACAUAUCUUAGAAUCUCUUGGAACACUAGUUAGACAAGAAAAGAAUACAACAAACGAUUCAAAUGAAGCUGUUAGUUCAGUUAAUAUAACAGAUGAUAAUUUCAAUAUGAAUGAAUUAAAUAGAAUUCAAUUAUUAAAAGAACAAUUACAACAACUUAGAAAAGCUGAUCAUUUAUCUGAUGUUGAUUAUUUACGUUUUGAUAAAAAUGAAGAUAGUAAUGUUGCAUUUUAUUUUGAUUUACAUGGACAUUGUUCAAAACGUGGUUGUUUUCUUUAUGGAAAUUGGUUAGAAGAAGAAAAUAAAAUGGUAGAUAAUGUUUUAUAUGCUUUAUUGGUUGGAGUGAAUUCAAUCUACUUUGAUUUUGAUUCAUGUAACUUUAGUUUACGUAAUAUGUAUCAAAAAGAUCGUAAAGGAACUUCAACUAAAGAAGGUGCAGGUCGUGUUGCAUUAUGGAAACAUUUGGGACUAACACAUUGCUAUACAGUUGAAUGUAACUACAAUUCAGGUCCAUUACCAAGUCGUCUUUCAAGAUUUAUUGCUUCAGCACAUCCUAAUGACAGUAAAUGUUUCACACCCAUAGGUGCAUUUUAUGGUCCUCAUUGGUCUGAUAUGGUGAAUACAGCUAGUAGUCAAUCAUUUAACUUCAGUUUUAAUGCAUGCUCAAGUACAAGUCAUACUAGUCAAAGUGGGAAUCAAGCACUUAACGGUAUACCACGUUAUACUCCAGCUCAUUAUGAAGAUGUUGGCCGAGCAUUAAUGAUAGCUAUAUUAGAUUUUAAUCAGAUCAAUCCAUGGCCAAAAGUUGCAGGUCUUGGUGGUUCAACAGCUGAGUCUAACGUUGGUAUUCUUACUUUGUGGUCAUCGUUACCAGAAUUUAUGAACAUUAACACUUUAAGAGAAUGGGCACGGAAGUAUAUACGAGGGAUUGCACCAAAUAACGUAAUGAAUAAACCAUUGAUAACCCGAAACACAGAAUAUCUUAUAACGAAAGUUGAUGAUAUAAGCAAAUCACAAAUAAUCCAGAGAUCAUUAACAAGAAACGAAAGUUCAAAAGAGUUAUUAAAUACUUCUUCUGUAUGUUCUGAGUUCAAUCAAACUUCAAUUGAUCAAAACGCAACGAGCCUACUUACAGUACAAUCAGAUUAUAAACAUUGUUCACACCAACUAAAUCCAAUUACCCCUAAUUUUAAAUGGAAUAAACAUCAAAAUGAGCAACUUCAUUAUAAAUCAGUGAAUUUAUCCAGUUUAAAUUCUGCCCCAUAUUCAUGUAAGUCAUCAAUAUCAAACAAUAAUAGAACGAUAAUAAAUGAAAGUCAUCAAGAAGAUCAAAUCUCAUCAAAUUUGCAUUAUGACUAUUUAAGACUGAAUUGUGAUACAAUUAAUAAAACAUUAGAUCACAACAUUGAAAAUGAUGAAAAUCUGUUAAAAGGUAAUACUAGGAAUGAUAUAAAUGAUCAAUUAAUUUGUCACAAUAUUGAAAGUGAUAAAUUAUUGAAAACUACACUUGAAGGUGAAACAAUUGAUCAAAGUUAUAUAAUGAAUCCAAAGAAAAUUUAUUUUUCAUUACAUAACAAUAAUAAUAAUAAAUUAUCAAAUAAAAAAUUCAAUCAUCAAUUAUAUAAACCAACAAAAUCGAAUAGUUUAAAUAAUAAUAUUAAAUAUAAAUUAUUAAAUAUAAAAAAUAAAUCAAUUUUCACCACCACCACCACCACAACAACAACAAAUAAAUAUUUUAAAAAAUAUUCAAAUGAAAAAACUAAACACGUUAACUCAAAGAAAUUUAGUCGAAAUGAACCACGAUAUGGAUUUUACCAUUCUCCAUCUGGAUAUACAAAACAUUUUAGUCAUUCUGCAAAUAUAAAUAGUUCGACUGUUAUCAAUACCAAGAACAAACCAUUUUCAGCAAAGUGUCAACUACUGCAAAAGUCAAAAAAUGAUAAAGUAUUCAAUGGGAUUAUCAACAACUUUGUCUAUCAUCAAAGGUCGCGCUCAUGUAGACUAAAAUCAAUAAAAACACCUCACUGUGAAAAUAAAUUACUAACUAAAGAUAAUACUUGGCAAAGUCAACCGUCAAACAUAACCUGUAUAAAUAAUUGUAAUAGUAGUGAAGCAAACUGUCAUGAUUCACUUAGUGAGAGCGAUUUAAAUGCUAUCACCAAGAACAAAGAAAAUACUCUCAUUCCAUUGAUGAACCGAUCAAAUUCAUCGACAGAUUUACAGAUGACUUUAAAAUCUGAAGAUUGUAUCAAAGAAAUUAAAGAAAUGUUUAAAUCAGUAACAUUGGACUGA